GACAUUAGUUCCCAGUCUUUUAUUGAAAAAUGUAACGCCUGGCACAUUCAUGGGGUCACGGGCGCCAUGAUGAUAAAACUGUGAUCUUUGAUCUUUUCUUCUUCGUACUACUGCUAAAAUUGUUCUUUGAUGAUAGCAUUUCUUCUAGCUGAACGGUGGCUGCGGACCACUCUUACCACUCGUUGACGCUUCGCGUCACGUGCAUUCACCGGUAGCGCAACGCUAGAACUUGGUCACGCAGCGUUGUCACGUGCUGAAACUACGCUGCCACGUGCAUUCCCCUGUAGCGCAACGCUAGAACUUGGUCACGCAGCAUUGUCACGUGCCGAAGCUACGCUGCCACGUGAUUGUCGCUGAUUGUUGGUCACACGAUCUCAGUGUCACGCGAGAGGAAUGACGAACUACUUGCGUUACCUACGUAAGCUUCCCGCUUUCAUCUACGGAACCCUGUGUAUUUCCGCCAUAUUAGUAUGGACCGCUAUAGCGAUCCUCACCCUCCCAUUCUACUUCCUGUUCCGCGUUUUCAAAUGGACGCAGGCGGCCGUGGUGUCGUACUAUAAACUGGGGCUGAUUUUGGCAAGCGAAGACGUGCCGUUCCUGCACGAGUCAGUGACGAAUCGAAACUUUAUCAAUGGAUUGUUCGUUAUCAAUGGUAAGCCUGACAUCGACAAGUUACGGGCGUUGGUGAUGGAGCGCGUGAUAUGCAACGCCGAGCCAAGCUACGCGCGGAUGAAAAAGCGCGUCGUGAAAAAGUACGGCCGCUACGUCUGGCAGGAUGAGGAUGAAUUCGACAUCAGCAGGCACGUGAAAUUCUACGAUGGACCUUUCCCUUGUAAUGAAGAAGAACUAAAGGCGAUACUCGGCGAGCUAUCUUCGGAGCCAAUGCCCGAAGACAUUUCACCCUGGAUGUUCCAGGUGAUGUCUUACAACACUAGCAAAGAGAAGUUUGCUAUCUGCAUCCGCAUUCACCACGCGCUAGGUGACGGGUUUGCUUUGGUGGGGCUGAUCGCGCGCCUGGUGGACCGGAAACCAGAGCUUCUCCGGGUACAAAAGCCUGUGCCCACCCCCUGUGAAAAGCAAAAGGGUCUGUGGAAGACACUGCUGACUGGGCCGCUUGCCCUGCUGAGCGUGGCGAUCGCCUCGUCAACUAACAAUCCACUGCUUGUCAAGAAGAUGUCGGGAGAAAAGUGCUUUGCGUGGACUAAACCACUGGACCUCGCACUUGUCAAGGCUAUCAAACUUCGUACAGGUACCACGGUGAACGACGUCCUCUCUGCCUGCCUUGCGGGCGCCCUAAGGAGAUACCUGAAAUCUGAAGGACUGGAUGAGCCCGGCGACAUGCAAAUAGCGGUCAGCAUCAACACGCGCUCCCCGCACAAGCUAUCACGUGAAAGCAUUCCUCUCGAAAACCACACCACGGGCAUCCUGUGGUCUCUCCCUGUGGGCACCGAUGACCCUGUGCAGCGGAUUUACGAGACAAAAACCCGGAUGGACGACAUGAAGACGUCAUCUGAUUGGAAGAUCUUCGGAUUCAUCUUCAACUAUGUGGUGGGUAACCUGCCCGAGUUCCUGGGACGGUUCUCCUCCUACUCGCUGAGUCGGCACUGUUGCUUGAUCCUGAGUAACGUUCCGGGGCCGCUCUCUUCCCUGGAGAUGAGCGGAAACGAGGUUGAGACGGUGAUCGCGUGGCCGCCACUCAUGAGCGACACCAGCAUGUCGGUGGCCGUGUUCAGCUACGCCGGCACACUGCGCAUGUCUGUCAUGACUGACAAGGCGGUGAUGAGUGAUCCGUCCAUCCUCACCGAACACUUCAUCGCCGAGUUCAACGAGAUGCACCACAGGGUCAUGGCGUCAUGCGGACGAUGACGUCACCAUAACUCAUGACGUCAUUAUCAAUAAGGCGGUGAUGAGCGACCCGUCCAUCCUCACAGAACACUUCAUCGCCGAGUCCGACGAGAUGCACCACAGGGUCUGGGCGACAUGCGGUAAUGACGUCAUCAUAUGACCGACAAGGUGACGUCAACGUUGAGGUCGUGCCUGAUCAUGACGUCAAUUGGUUUGGACGAUUGCGACAUUUGAUUCCAUUAUGAAGAAAUUAUGACGUCGUUAAUUUGUUAAGGAUCAUGGGAAGGCGCAAUAAGAUGGCCGCAAUGUAUCGAUUUAGAGGGUCAAUGGAAUGAACAUAUCAACAAAUCAAGUGGGUUUUUUUGGUUUUGGUGAAUGGCUGGCGCCGAUCGCGCAGUUCAUUUAACAAGAUACACACACCUAUUUAAAAACCUUAUAAGCGCCAAUGGCAUUCCUGCUAUCGGAAAAUACGUGGGACUCGUCAUAUUUCUACUGAAUGCAAAAAUAUGGAUACAUCAUGUACUUUGUCAUUAUUCGUACAAAUAAUCAUGCCCAUUUUCACUUUUUUUAUUUGUAUGUCACAAAAUGCAAUUUAUUUAUUUAUACCUCCCAAUCAUGGAAGCUAUCGUUCAAUCUACUGCUAACUGUUUAGUUGAAUGCUGUGUACUGUGACUGCCCCUAAAUCAAAUUCAAUGUUUGUAGUUGGCAUGUCAUAGAAGCGCAGAAAAUCUUUACAGCGCAUAUUAAUUUAUCAUUUAAGAUAUAACUAGAUUUAUUAUAUUCUUAUUGAUGAAAUUAAUAUAUAAUCAAUAUUGAUAAUUUAUUUUAUUUUUCACUUUAGUGGAUAUAUCGCUUUUCUAGAAAAAAAUAUUGCAAUGCACAGGGCUGGAGUUGGAGAGGGAGGGCUCUUUUAAAUCUAAUUCAAUGACGAUUCAGCUUUGAAUAAAACGCAUGGUAUUUUA